UCUGCUAAGAUAAAGAGACAGACAGACAGAGGGGGAUACGUACCACCCCUCCUCCAUCAUCAUCCUUUGUUCCCUUCCCUUCCCUUAUGCUGCUGAAACUAAACACUAGUCCUGCAACUGCAAUGGUUGCGGAAGCUGCUAGAGCAGCACUCCUCCUCCUCCUCCUUGCUCUCCUCCCCUCCAUGUCAUGCCAGCAGCAGCAGCAGCAGCAGCAUCAACCCCCUGACGCCACCACGCUUCAAGUCCUCUUGGAGGUCAAAAAGUCCUUCGUUCAAGACCCCCUCAACGUUCUGCAACCCUGGUCCCUCGCCAACCCCAACUUCUGCUCCUGGCCGGGCAUCUCUUGCCAGGGCCAGGGCCAGCACCCCCCCCUACUCCUCAACCUCUCCGCCUCUGCCAUCGCCGGCUCCAUCUCACCCGCCCUCGCCCUCCUCCCCCACCUGCUCCACCUCGACCUCUCCAACAACCGCCUCUCCGGCCCCAUCCCACCUGCUCUCUCCAACCUCUCCUCCUUGGAAUCCCUCCUCCUCUUCUCCAACCAACUCUCCGGCCCCAUCCCCCCCCUCCAUCUCCCUCGCCUCCGCGUCCUCCGGAUCGGCGACAAUGACCUCACCGGCCCCAUCCCCCCUUCCUUCGGCACCACCCUCCCCAACCUCGUCACCCUCGGCCUCGCCUCCUCCCGCCUCACCGGCCCCAUUCCGCCUCAGCUCGGCCGCCUGUCCCGGCUCCAGAGCUUGAUUUUGCAGCAGAACCAGCUGGAGGGCCCCAUCCCCCCCGAGCUCUCCAACUGCUCCGGCCUCCUCGUCUUCACGGCCGCCCUCAAUCAGCUCAACGGAUCCAUCCCUCCGGAGCUCGGCCGUCUCGUCAAUCUGCAGCUACUGAAUCUUGCCAACAAUACUCUGUCAGGGGAGAUCCCCGACCAGCUUGGUGCGAUGAGCCGGCUACAAUAUCUGAAUCUCCUCGGCAAUCAGCUCCAGGGCCCCAUUCCCAGCUCCUUGGCAAACUUGACCAAUCUUCAGAACCUGGACUUGUCUGGCAACGAGCUCACCGGAGAAAUUCCGGGAUCGUUGGGAGGCCUGAGCCAGCUGGUCUACCUCGUACUUUCAGACAACAACCUCUCAGGCGCCGUACCCGGGGAUAUAUGUUCCAAUACCACCAGUUUGGAGCAUGUGAUGCUGGCACAGAAUCAGCUUUCUGGCCGCAUUCCAACACAAGUGCGGAACUGCAGGUCGCUCGAGCAACUUGAUUUGUCCAACAAUACACUCGACGGGCCCAUCCCGUUGGAGCUUUAUGAGCUGUCCCAACUGACGGACCUGCUGCUUAACAACAACACACUGUCCGGCGCCAUUUCUCCCUCAAUAGCAAACCUAACCAAUUUGCGGACUCUGGCGCUGUACCAAAACAACUUUCGGGGUAGCCUACCCAAAGAAAUGGGGAUGCUUGGCAAUCUUCAGAUCCUGUACAUCUACGACAACCAGCUCUCAGGAGAGAUCCCCGCAGAGAUUGGCAAUUGCUCCAGCUUGCAGAUGGCUGAUUUCUAUGGAAAUAAAUUCGCAGGCCGGAUCCCAAUCACCCUCGGAAUGCUGGGGCAGCUGAACUUCCUUCACCUCAGGCAGAAUGAUCUUUCUGGUGAGAUUCCGGCCAGCUUGGGCAACUGCCGUCUACUGACUAUACUUGAUUUAGCGGACAACCGGUUGGCCGGCAGCAUUCCUGAAACCUUCGGGCGUCUUUGGUCGCUGGAACAGCUUAUGUUGUACAACAAUUCCCUCCGAGGCAGCCUCCCUGAAGAUCUUACUAAUCUUGCAAACUUGACGAGGGUGAAUCUGUCGCAUAACAACCUGACUGGGAGCAUUGCUCCGCUCUGCAGUUCCCAUAAGCUGCUUUCAUUUGAUGUCACCGGCAACUUAUUUGAACGAGACAUUCCCCCUCAAAUUGGCAAUUCACCUGCGCUGGAAAGGUUAAGGCUCGGAAAUAACCGGUUUACCGGGGAAAUCCCCCGGGCGCUGGGUUUACUCCAAUAUCUAUCACUCCUCGACCUCUCCGGCAAUUCUUUAACGGGGAAUAUACCAGUUCAGCUGUCUGCGUGCAAGAGAUUGACUCAUCUUGAUCUUUAUCAUAACCUUUUGUCUGGGACGAUCCCCCCUUGGAUCGGAGGUCUUCCUCUGCUGGGAGAGCUCAAGCUCUCGGCCAACCGCCUGUCCGGAUCUCUUCCUCAUGAACUGUUCAAUUGCUCGAGCCUACUGGUCCUGUCUCUCAGUGGAAACUCCCUUAGUGGCGCCCUACCUGCGGAUGUCAGUAAGCUCGUGGCGCUCAACGUCCUGGAUCUUGACAGCAAUAGAUUCUCUGGUCCAAUUCCUCCUGCCAUCGGGCAGCUGGGAAAGCUCUACGAACUACGGCUGUCACGGAACUGUUUCUCGGGACAGAUUCCCCCUGAGAUCGCCCAGCUCCAGAACUUGCAAAGCAUCCUUGAUUUUAGCUACAAUAACAUCUCCGGAAGCAUCCCGUCGUCUAUUGGCAAACUGUCCAAGCUGGAAGCACUGGAUCUCUCCCACAACGAACUAGGUGGUGAAAUCCCCCCACAAAUCAGUGAAAUGAGCAGUUUAGGAAGGCUGAACCUCUCUUUCAAUCGGCUUCAGGGAAAAUUGGACAAGCUACCUGCAGCGCGCUGGCCGGCCGCUGCAUUUGAAGGGAAUUCGGAUCUCUGCGGAGGCCAGCCACUGAAGAGCUGCAAAGGCAUGAGGUCUGGUGAUGAUCGGCGGUCCAGCCUCAGUGAAUCACUGGUGGUUGUAAUAUCAGCGCUAUCAGCCACAUUUGCGGUCAUUGUGCUGUUGCUUGCAGCUGCCAUUUUCUUUAAACGCAGGCGAGAGGGCUAUAUGAGGGGGUGCGCAUACUCUUCUUCUUCUUCUUCUCCUCUUCCUUCCGCUUGUUCUUCAAGGUCGUCUUCCCAAGCACAAAGGAGGUUACUGUUUGCCAAUGCGGCCAAGCGUAAGGAGUUGAAGUGGAUUGACAUCAUGAAGGCCACAAACAAUCUGGGCGAGGAGUUCAUAAUUGGGUCAGGUGGCUCCGGAACAGUAUACAGGGCUGAAAUGUAUAGCGGACAAACGGUGGCAAUCAAGAGUGUGGCGAGGAGGGACGAUUUCUUGUUGGACAAAAGCUUUGCAAGAGAGGUGAAGACGUUGGGCAGGAUUAGACACAGGCAUCUGGUGAGACUGUUGGGGUACUGCAGCGACAACAGAGGGGUGGCGGGCUCCAAUCUGUUGGUUUACGAGUACAUGGAGAACGGAAGCGUGUGGGAUUGGCUGCACGGGCAAGGGCAAGGGAAGAGGAUUCUGAGGUGGGAGGAGAGAUUGAAGAUAGCUGUGGGAUUGGCCCAGGGGCUGGAGUAUCUUCACCAUGAUUGUGUGCCAAAGAUACUUCACAGGGAUGUCAAGUCCAGCAACGUCCUGUUGGACGCCAACAUGGAGGCGCAUCUGGGCGAUUUCGGGCUAGCCAAACCCCUCACCGACUCCUUAGACACCGAGUCCAACAUGUGGUUUGCAGGCUCCUACGGCUAUAUUGCACCAGAAUAUGCCUACUCCAUGAAGGCCACCGAUAGAAGCGAUGUUUACAGCAUGGGCAUCGUUUUGAUGGAGCUGGUGACAGGAAGGAUGCCUACAGAUGGGAGAUUCAGGGGGGACAUGGGCAUGGACAUGGUCAGAUGGGUGGAGUCACGCCUGGAGAUGCAAGCCGAGGAGGUGGAGGAGCUCAUCGACCCCAUGUUGAGACCAUUACGCGAUGAAGGAACUGCUGCUGCUGCUGGUGGUGGUAAGAAGGCUAUGGUCCGAGUGCUUGAAAUAGCAUUGCUCUGCACAAAAACUGCACCAGCCGAGAGGCCAUCCUCCCGAGAGGCAUGCGACCUGUUGGUGCAUGCUGCAUUAAUUAGUUAGUUAGAUGAUACUGCUGCUUUACAUGCUACUGCCCGCCAGUAAAAGAAAAUGUUCUUUUUAUCAUCUCAUCUACUGCUGUGCUGUGCUGUGCCUCAUCUCUCCCCCUGAGAAAACGCUCCUACUUUUAUUUA